UAAUUCGAUCGUGUUUCGGCUUGAACGUGUGAUUGCCAGCAACACAGGCGUCGCCUUGUGACUGUCAAGCUCGAGCUGUAUUUGCUUUAAAUUUCUUCGGAGUUUCUAAAUUUGGUACGGAGAAUCACUCGCCAAAAUGCACCCAGGACAAAUUGAAGUUAGCGAAAUCACCGGGUAUUGGAACUUCCUGUUGAGCAUCGAUUGGAGGGAUCCGUGGCUUAUUGGAUUGAUUUUGCUGCACCUGCUCACCACCACUACGGCCCUAAUCAGCAGGAGCCACAACAAUAUUCAAGUUGUUCUUUUCCUGUUACUUUUGUCGGCGGUCUAUUUCAGCGAAAGCAUCAAUGAGUAUGCGGCACGGAACUGGAGCUCCUUCUCCAGACAGCAGUACUUUGACAGCAAUGGCCUGUUUAUAUCGACAGUGUUCUCCAUUCCCAUUUUGCUGAAUUGCAUGCUGAUAAUUGGCACAUGGCUAUAUAAUUCCACACAAUUGAUGGUCGUUCUGAAGACGGCCCAAAUCAAGGAGCGCGUGCGCCAGCAGCACAGGAACCCACCGGAUGCGCAACGCCUCAAGGCGGAAUAGCAUUUAACAGAAUUGUCAUACACAAUUUGAAAGAGCUGUGAAAACCAAAUACAUUUUAAGUUUAUUUUUCGCCCGCUCA